UAAUUGCCGCCGAACUGUCAAUCGUUAGAAACAUGUCGAUGUAUAAGUAAAUAUACGUUGCGCUUGCAUGUUUUCUUCGUUUAUUCUCAGCUUCGCUUAAAAAAAUGGCACCAGUAUCUAAAGUGUUGCGGACUUGUGGCUUAUUAUUUUAUUUAAUUUUAAAAGUGUACAGCGAAGAGGCCAGUGUUGGAAAACCAUGGAUAGUUAAUUUAGAAGUGGAAAGUAAACAAUGCUUAGAGUCGAUCUGUAAUUAUUUAUUACACGUGCGCGGUGUUCAGUUCCUCGGUCAUUAUUCUUGGAGAUUAACUCCUGGUUCAGCUUCUGUGGGCAGUGAUUGUGGUGAAUUAUAUCCUAAUUAUGAAAUAAAACACAUCGAGACGAGCGAAACGGAUACGCGCAUGGAAAUAGUUGUGCCAAAUUUGAACGGAAAAAUAUAUUUCUGUUUACAAGAUCCUCAGAAAAAAGAUGUUCUUUCGAGAUGGAAAUACAUCCACCAAGGUGCUAAAUUGUUUUUAGAUCCUAAAAACGACGUAGUAUCGUCCAAGGAUAUAACGAAGAUAUCAAAUGAGAAAAUACAAAACGAAACGAUUCAUCAAAAUACUGAAAAUGAAAACGCUAAAACAAAUUGGGUCGAUCUAUCGCAUGAUAUAGAUGUAAAUUAUCUAUCGAAUACACAACGUACUAGAAAAGAGAGAGACGACGUUGAAGUACUAAUGAAUGAUAAUAACAUCCCACUGAAUGAUAUAGAUCUAGAUCCAGCUAAAGUAGAAACAUUCGAUCCGCACGAAUUUGAAUUUGAUGAUCCAUUCAAUAAUAAAAUAAAAAGAAAACCCAAUGGAAGAUAUAGGUAUAGACGUGAAAUUAUAAACAAAGAAAAUAAAGAUAGCUUUGAAGAGAUAAAGACUGCUGAUGAUAUUAUAGGUCCUUUCGAUGAUAAAAUAGAUGAUAAGAUUAAAAAUGAUGAUGUAAAUGGACAGCAAAGGCGACAAACCAGUUCUAAAAUACCUUUUUUUACAACUGUCAAAGCUGAUCCUGUACCAAUUGUUGUUGAAGGGUUGAGAAUUGAAACGUCUGAUAAGGAACCAGUUAUAAUUGAAGAAGGUAUACCUAGCGUGCUUGCGGGGAGUGCAUUUACAUUGAGACUUUUUGGUCAAGGUCUGACUCGAAGGACCGUAAUAGCCUUUACUCAUGAUCCACUGGAUUACGGCCAGCCGUGCAAGUUUCUAGUUAAAGGAGAGUAUAUGGUGAAAGAAGACUCUUUAUUCCCGCACACAGCACUCUUCGAAUUGAUCGCCCCACAACCAAUAAAUGGUCCAAAAUUAUACGUUUGUGCAAAGAAUUUAAAGUUCGGAGCAAGAAGUCCUGAUGAAGAUGAAGAGAAAUACGUACAUAUGGGUUUCGAUACAUGGACAAUGUUGGCUACACAUAAUAAUUUGUUACCUUUAUGGGCAACAUUGACUCUUAUCGUGAUUUGUCUAGGAUUCUCAGCUCUAUUCUCAGGUUUAAACUUAGGAUUGAUGUCUUUAGAUAGGACGGAAUUGAAGAUAAUUUCUAAUACAGGCACUGAUAAGGAGAGGAAAUAUUCUAGAGCUAUAAUGCCAGUUAGAGAUCAUGGGAAUUACCUCCUUUGUAGUAUACUUUUAGGUAAUGUUGCUGUUAAUUCUACUUUUACCAUUCUUCUUGAUGGUUUGACUUCUGGUCUUUUUGCCGUGAUAUUGUCUACGCUUGCUAUUGUAUUAUUGGGUGAGAUAACUCCGCAGGCGAUUUGUUCAAGACAUGGAUUAAUGAUUGGUGCGAAGACCAUUAUGAUUACUAAGGCGGUGAUGGCUCUUACUGCACCUAUGGCGUAUCCAGUUAGCAAGCUCUUAGACUAUUUCCUAGGCGAAGAGAUAGGCAGCGUUUAUAAUCGAGAACGUCUAAAGGAACUUGUCAAGGUAACAACUGAUGUCAACGACCUUGACAAGGACGAAGUUAACAUCAUCUCUGGUGCUUUGGAGCUACGCAAGAAGACAGUCUCCGAUGUGAUGACGAAGCUAGAAGAUGCGUUCAUGCUGCCAAUCACUUCGAUCCUGGACUUUGAGACUAUGUCGGAAAUUAUUAAAUCAGGUUACUCGCGUAUUCCGGUAUACGAAGGUAGCAGAGUCAAUGUAGUGACGGUGCUGUUCAUCAAAGACCUGGCGUUCGUGGACCCUGAUGAUAACACACCGCUGAAGACGCUCUGCCAGUACUACCAGAACCCUUGCAACUUCGUCUUCGAAGAUGUCACCCUGGAUGUCAUGUUUAAACAAUUCAAAGAAGGCCAUAAAGGACAUAUGGCGUUUGUUCAUCGUAUCAAUAACGAAGGUGAAGGUGAUCCGUUCUAUGAGACCAUUGGUCUUGUGACACUUGAAGAUGUCAUCGAAGAAAUGAUUCAAGCGGAAAUUGUCGAUGAAACUGAUGUUUUCAUGGACAAUCGCACGAAGCGUCGCCGCAACCGGCCGCAGAACAAGUUGCAGGACUUCGCUGCAUUCGCGGAGAAACACGAGAACCAACGAAUACACAUCUCUCCGCAGCUCACACUCGCUACAUUCCAGUUUCUGAGCACCAGUGUAGACGCAUUCCGACCUGACACAGUAUCAGAGACUGUGUUACGUCGUUUGUUAAAACAAGAUGUUAUUCAACAUAUUAAAGUGAAGAAUAAAAGCAAAAGGGACGCUUGUACUUAUGUCUUUCAACAAGGGAAACCUGUGGAUUACUUCGUUUUGAUACUGGAAGGUCGUGUAGAAGUGACAGUAGGUCGCGAGAACCUCGUGUUUGAAGCUGGACCUUUCACAUACUUCGGUGUUCAGGCUCUCACACAGAAUAUUGGUGUGGCGGAGUCCCCAACACCAUCAGCUAUGGGGUCUCUGCAGAACAUCAAUAUGGAUUCCAUGCUGCGACAUACAUUUGUACCGGAUUACUCUGUACGGGCUAUAACUGAACUAUAUUACCUUACUGUUAAACGUUCUCUAUAUUUAGCUGCAAAAAGAGCUACACUUAUGGAGAAAGGAGCACUUUCAAAAGGUGCAACUAAUGAACAAUUCGAUACAGAGGUGGAUAAGCUGCUGCAGUCUGUUGAUGAAGAUAUCAGUAUAAGCGGUGAACAUAAGACACCUUCACGUCAGGUGUCACCAAAUCCAAUGCCAGUGUCAGCGUCGCCCCUAACCAGGUCAUCAUUCGCGAGAGCAUCACCAGAUAAGAAUGGAGAUAAACCUGAUGAGCAGGAGAAACUUCUCAAGUAAGAGUGUUGCCAUUCUAACAGACCAAAGUUGCCACUUUCACUAAAGAAAAAAAAACUUCCAAAAAUUUAAUUAAAUAUAAAGUAAUUACUU